AUGCCAAACGACUCAGUAGCCAUAACAACCAUUUGUCCUGACGUCGAGAACUCACAAUUCACGUUGCAAAGCAAUAAUCCAGAUGUGUCGCCAGUCCAAAUGGAAGAAGCUAUAUUGACCAUUGCUGCAUCCCAGCAUCGCUCUCUUCCUAGAAUUAAAAUAUUGGGUACAGGUGGUACUAUUGCUUCCAAGGGAGCUGAUUCUUCACAAACAGCCGGAUAUCACGUCGAUCUGUCCAUUCAAGAUAUGCUUGAUGCAAUUCCGGACAUCUCACGUAUUUGUGAAAUUGAAUAUGAACAAUUGUGUAAUGUUGAUUCCAAAAACAUUGAUGAAUCUUUAUUGUUCAAGAUAUAUAAGGGCGUCUCAGAAUCUCUACAAAGUUUUGAUGGUAUUGUAAUUACUCAUGGAACAGACACUCUUUCGGAAACCGCAUUCUUCAUAGAGAGCACUAUUGAUGCUGGCGACGUUCCAAUUGUCUUCGUCGGUUCUAUGAGACCAUCUACCAGUGUUUCUGCAGAUGGACCCAUGAAUCUAUACCAAGCUAUCUGUAUUGCCUCAGAUCCUAAAUCAAGAGGCAGAAGUGUCUUGGUGUCACUGAACGAUCAAAUAUCUGCUGGAUAUUACAUUACGAAGACAAAUGCUAAUAGUUUGGAUUCAUUCAACGUUAGACAAGGGUACUUGGGGAAUUUUGUUAAUAAUGAAAUACAUUAUUAUUAUCCACCUGUAAAACCACAGGGUUGCCAUAAAUUUAAACUGAAGAAUAAGACAGAUGAGGCCAGUGAUUUCCAUCUGCCUAUGGUUUGUAUUCUUUAUGGUCAUCAAUCUAUCACAUCAAAAUUACUAGAGUUAGUUCAAGAUCACUACGAUGGGAUUGUUAUAGCUACCAUGGGUGCUGGUUCUAUGCCUGACAAGGUUAACAAGAUAUGUCUGCAAUGUAAGAUCCCUAUUGUAUACUCCAAGAGAUCCAUGGAUGGUAUGAUUCCUGUGGCUAACUUGCCCACUCCUGAAGAAGGUAAGGAAUCUAAUAUUGUAGCAUCUGGGUAUUUAAAUCCAGAAAAGAGUAGAAUUUUAUUACAAUUAUGUCUAGCACAAGAUUAUUCCAUUGGAGAAAUAAGACAUGUCUUCAGAGGUGUUUAUGGUGGUGCAUAA